UGUUCCCCGGGGACGCGGGUACGCGCCGCCACCACCACCACCACCACCAGCAGCAGCAGCAGCAGCAGCAGAAGCAGAAGCAACAGAGACAUCGUCGCCUGUGCCGCAUCGGGCGGCAGCCAGGAAGACUUUCCCCAUGAACACCAUCAGACAAGUGCCGGCCAAGGUUCUGCACCGCCGCUCGGUGCACAGCCUGGAAGCGGAGCGGGAGCAGUUUGACAGGCAGCAGGCGGCCAGCAUCAGCAAGGCUAUCAACAGCCAGGAGGUGCCCGUCAAAGAAAAGCAUGCACGCAGAAUUAUAUUGGGAACGCACCAUGAGAAAGGGGCCUUUACCUUCUGGUCCUAUGCCAUUGGACUCCCUUUAUCCAGCAAUUCCAUCAUGAGCUGGAAGUUCUGCCACGUUCUCCACAAAAUCUUGAGAGAUGGACAUCCAAAUGUUCUUCACGAUUUUACCAGGCAUAAAAGUAACAUCCAUGAAAUGGGAAAUUUAUGGGCGCAUAUGCAUGAUCGUUAUGGACAACUGGCAAGUGUCUAUGUUAAACUUCUCAACACCAAGAUGGAUUUUCAUAAAAAGCAUUCUGAGUUCCCAUCGAAUCUGGAAGUGACAGAUGAAGCACUGGAUAAAGCUUCUGGCACAGAUGUAAAUAAUAUCUUUCAGCUCACGGUGGAAAUGUUUGAUUAUAUGGAUUGUGAACUUAAGGUUGCUGAAUCUGUCUUCAGGUCGCUGGAUACUUCGUACGCGGUAUCGCAGACGCCCUCUGGUCAGUGCCGUCUGGCUCCUCUCAUUCAGGUGAUUCAGGACUGCAGCCACCUGUAUCACUACACUGUAAAGCUAAUGUUCAAACUCCACUCGUGUCUGCCGGCUGAGACGCUGCAAGGACAUAGGGACCGAUUCUAUGAUGAAUUUCACAGUCUAAAGAGUUUCUUCAGCCGUUCUCGUGACAUGUUGUAUUUCAAACGUCUCAUCCAGAUCCCCAAAUUGCCCGAGAGUCCACCAAAUUUUUUGAGAGCUUCUGCCUUGGCAGAGCAUGUGAAACCAGUGGUGAUAAUUUCUGAUGAAGUCCCGACUGAUGACAUCGAGGAACCAGAGAGUCUCAUCGAGGUUUCUGCCGCUCCAGUGACUGAAUCCCCGAAUUUGGUGAAUGUGGACAUUUUCGAUGCUGCUUUUGGACCUCCAACUAAUAAUAGUUUUGAGAAAGAUGAACGAAACCUUCAAAUUGACAAUUUGAAGAAGGAGGUGGAGAUGCUGAGAGUUGAGCUGGAGAGAGUAAAGUCUGAGGCCCAGAAGUACAUCGCACAACUGAAAGCCCAGAUUAACGGCCUAGAAACGGAGCUGGAGGAAACCCGCAAGCUGAAGCAGAAGGCACUGGUCGACAACGAGGAGCUGAGGGAUGAGCUGGAAAACCUGCGGAAGCAGAAAGGCGAUGUGGAUAAAACAGAGUUCCUGCUCGUAGAGUCCGACAAGAAAGUCCAAGCGAACGAGCAGCGCUACAACAAACUAAAAGAAAAGCACAGCGAUCUUGUCAACACUCACGCAGAACUCCUCAGAAAGAGUGCUGAGACAACGAAACAACUGACAGUAACACAGCAGACCCGUGAGGAGGAGACGCGGACUAAACAAGAGCUUGAAUUUUCCAUGGAGGAAGCCAAGAGGGAAGCGGAGAUGAAGCUGGAGGACCAGACCUUUACAAUGGAACAACUGAAGAGGGAAAUAGAGGCAAAGAAGGAAGAGCUGGCUACCAUCCAGGGCUCACUGCGUAACUCUGACCAGGCGGGCACAGAGAUGAACUCGAGGCUGCGGAGCCUUGAGGCAGAGAAGGACAACCUGAGGAAGACGGUGGCUGAGAAGGAAGCUGAGGCCUACACACUGAAGAACACGCUGCAGGAGAGAGAGAUGGCGAUGCACACCGAGAAAGACAAAGCCUGCAGGGAACUGGAAGAGCUCCAGGGGAAAUUCACAGAGAAGGCAAACCGUGAGCAGCUGCUUCAGCAGAAACUGCUGGAUGAGCAGUUCCACAUGGUCCAGGGCACGGUGAGGGAAGCCGAGAGCAUCAUCCAAGACGCCGUGGCCAAGGUCGACGACCCCCUGCACAUUCGAUGCACCAGCUCGCCAGAUUACCUCAUCAACAGGGCAGAAGCAGCCAUGGAGUCGGUGAACUUGAUGCAACAAGGACACUCGCAGUACCUAACGAACAUGGCAGAUGCCAGCAGCCUCCUGCAAGCAUUGACCAGGUUUGCUCAUUUGGCUGCCGACGCCAUCGUGAAUGGCAGUGCCACGUCACACCUGGCUCCGACUGACCAGGCGGACAGACUGACAGACGGUUGCAGAGAGUGUGGGAAGGAGAGCCUACGCUAUUUGGGUGAUCUGAAGGAUAAGCGGUCAGUCAGUCAUGCCGACCCAGCCUCCGUGAGGAGUGCGAUUCAAAAAAUCCUUGACCUCGGACAGGAGUUGAGGCCCAAGAGCAUUGAUGUCAAACAGGAGGAGCUCGGGGACAUGGUGGACAAAGAGAUGGCAUCAACAUCCACAGCCAUUGAAGAUGCAGUGAAGAGGAUUGAGGAAAUGAUGAAGCAAGCCCGACAAGGAAGCUCUGGCAUUAAACUGGAAGUUAAUGAAAGAAUUUUAAACUCGUGCACCAGUCUCAUGAAGGCAAUACGGCAACUGGUGAUGGCCUCAACAAGCUUGCAGAAGGAGAUUGUGGAAAGUGGAAGGGGAGCAGCAACUACAAAAGAAUUCUAUGCAAAGAACUCUCGCUGGACAGAAGGUCUAAUCUCUGCUUCCAAAGCUGUGGGAUGGGGCGCGACACAGUUGGUAGAUUCAGCUGAUAAAGUGGUGUUGAAGACAGGGAAGUACGAGGAGUUGAUUGUGUGCUCGCAUGAGGUGGCCGCCAGCACAGCCCAGCUCGUGGCUGCGUCAAAGGUGAAAGCAGACCGGAGCAGCAGAAACCUGUCCCGUCUACAACAAGCCUCUCGGCACGUGAAUGAGAUGGCGGCCAAUGUGGUGGCAUCAACAAAGUCAGGACAGGAACAGAUCAAAGACAAAGAUACAAUGGAUUUUUCAGGAAUCUCAAGGAUUAAGCUUAAAAAGCAGGAGAUUGAAACACAGGUGAAAGUACUGGAAUUGGAAAAUAAACUGGAGCAGGAACGAAUGAAGCUUGGAGAUCUUCGAAAGAAACAUUAUGAGCUGGGAGGAACCAACGAUGAAAUAUUGGAAGAUAAACUGCCUUCAAAACCUGAGGUUUCAAGGAAGCCACCACUUUCUCAAAAGCCAAAUAUCCCACCAAAAAAAGAUUCACAGUUAAAUGCAUCGGACCUGGCUUAUGUUUCUCAUUUACGGAACUCUCAAUAAGGAAACAUGAAGGUGGCUGCAUUAUAUUGGAACAGAACAAGACUCUGCAUUCUUUACAAGUCAAGCACAUCGGAUGGCAGUGUCACAUUCCAUAAACGUGCCAGUUUUACUUUUUUGAUGAGCCCCUUAUCGAAUUAAAAUAGUGCAAAGCAAAUUAUAGGAGCUAAUUUCACAUUAAUAGGCAACAUUUCAAAUUGGUCAAGCAGGAUGAAAUUGAAACAGCCGUUCAUUCUAGCCUUUAAUCAGUCCUUCGAAAAAAUCAGAGAGUUAUCAUUGUUUUUUUAAAUAAAGACUGUUUAGUAUGUACAUUUACUACUGGGCCAGGAUAUUUGUUUGGUUGCUGGAAUGCAACCUAAAUAAUGAAAGAUUAAGUAGUUUCAGCUUUGCAUAUACUUUUAAACUACAAUUUCUGGGAAAUGCAGUAUAAAGUAUUUUGUAUGUAUGUGAAAAUUUUAAUAGGUGUGGUGUAUUUAUUAGCAAUAGAACAUAAUUUGCCCAAUGAACAUUUGUCUUCAGCUGUAUUGAAUUUUAUGAGAAACCUAGGAAUUUUAACGUGAAGUUUGAAAUAAACUGAGUAUGUAUAUUAUUUUUGUAAAUCAGAUGUAACUAAAGAUUCAAAAGUCAAGGAAA